GGUUCGAGGCCCUCGGAAGCGGCCAUGGACAAGCUCCGCCGGGUGCUGAGCGGGCAGGACGACGAGGAGCAGGGCCUGACGGCGCAGGUGCUGGAUUCUUCAUCUCUUAGUUUUAGUACUCGAGUGAAAUGGUUCGCAAUAUGCUUCGUUGGUGGCAUUUUGUGCUCUAUUCUUGGGACAGUGAUGCUUUGGGUCCCACACAAUGGCAUGAAACUCUACGCUGUAUUCUACACCUUAGGAAACAUUUCUGCAUUAUCCAGUACUUGCUUCUUGAUGGGUCCCGUGAAGCAGCUGAAAAAGAUGUUUGAACCAACACGAUUAUUGGCGACGCUUGUUAUGCUGUUUUCUUUUAUCCUAACCCUGUGUGCUGUGUUCUGGUGGCAUAAGAAAGGGUUGGCUGUUCUGUUCUGCAUAUUGCAGUUCUUGGCAAUGACCUGGUACAGUUUGUCAUAUAUUCCUUAUGCAAGGGAUGCUGUAAUGAAAUGCUUCACGUCGUGCCUAAGUUAAAGUGAACAAACAUGAAUUCUUCUGGAAGCCAACUCCACUUACCUAAGUUUACUCCGAUAUUUUUCA